UAGGUAUUGGGUAUCCAUAACAGCCUUGUUAUUGUUGUUGUGGUGAUAAUCCUCUUUAGUGGUAAUGGAUGCGGUAAUAUUGGUAUAUAUUAUUACACUUCAAACAUAAUCUACUUUAUUUUUAGGCCACGGUUUGUUUGAAGUAUUAUAUUGUAGAUUAAUACUUCUCUCUCUCAGAUAGCUAGAGUAACUAAGUUAGCUAGCUAGCAAAAUGGCAAACCUCUGCCAAAAGACCAAGUGGGGCCAGGAAUCAGAGGGAUGCACGAUGAGAGAGGACACUCAGGAGGGCAUGAGCGGAUAAAAACGGAGAAAAGGAUAAUGAUUUCGCGAUACAGUAGGAGACCCGUAUCGCACAAUCUUGAGAUUCGUGGCUUAUCCCGAAGCAGCCUUGACCAUCACCCUCUCCCAGAGGAGGUAGACGAUGACUUCCUCCCCCAGCGCCUCCUCCAUGACCUUCAGGAAGCCGUCUCCACUUACAACAGCUCAGAGACGACAUCUGCAGCCUCUCGCCGGUCAGACUGUCCAACGGCCACUACUGGAGACACGACGCGGUCCUGGUCUGGGAUCCACAGCUACACAGGGACGGGCAUCUCUACAGAGAGGAGCUCUGUCUUCUCCUGGGGCUAUGAUGAGUUUGACAAGGCGGCGUCGCGACAGGUGCAGCAGAUGUUUGAGGAGAUUGACGACAAGCUUUAUGAGGGGCGGGGUGGGGCACAUCUACGGGGGCUGCAAGAUGAGUGUCAUCAGUGGGCAUUCAGGUUCCCUCACCUACGGAUUCAGGGUAGUCAGCUGGUGUGUCCCAGUGACGAGGGCUUCCAGUGGUACGCCACCUCAGGGAAGGGGACCAGUACAGCCAGCAGCAGUUCAGCUGGACAAAAUGACAGCAUCAGUAGCAAGCCCCAGGACAAGGACAAGCCCAGCACGAGCAAAGAUCUGUGUGUGCAGGGUAGGAAGGCUAUGCUGUCCAGGCCCAGUGCGGAUGUUGACCACCCCCCUGGUACUCCCAGUGGAUCCAGAGGUCAUGACAGGCCCAGGGUGAUCGAGGCUGAAGGCCUGAUGGAGGAGUACCUGGCCUUUGACUGCAGGGAUAUGGAUGACGAGUGGGAGCGGGGGUGGGUGGGGGCUGCUCGGCGGCGGAACUGCCUGCCUCCUGUGUCUCCCUACCGCUGUCGCAAACAGGCGGUCCUUGACCUGCUGUUUGACGAUGUGUGGCGAGAGCUGUUUGGCUGGAUGGAGGAGCUGGUCCGCAGGCACUGGGAGGGCUGUGUCUCAGAUUAUGAGAAAAAUGCAGUGAACUUCAGCCCAUCCCAGUCAGAUGCUCAGAACCCUUUCCUGCUCCUGUCCACACUGCCCACCCUGCUCCCCAGGCUGGGCCAGAGCAUGGUGCCCCAGCUAACAGGAAGCCUGCAAACCCAGACCACAAAAUCAAGGGGCUCAAAGUACAAGCCCAGACGGAAAUCCAAAAUGCAGAAAAAGCCAUCCACUGUAUGCAACUCUCACCUAGAGGCAAAAUGUUGCAGAUCUACGCCAUCCACAGCGUCCAGUCGGCUCCCAGUAGAGGCAGCGGUGACACAUCACAACCUCAACGAACUCAUAGUCAUCCAUGGCAUCCCCCUGCAGCAGAGGAACCUGGGAGUGAUGGAGAGAGCCCAGUAUGGAGACCAUAAGGACCCUGAGGAGAGGUUGGUGAUCAAUCGACCAGGGUCCACAGUGAUUCUGUCUAGCAAGCCCCGUCCUCGCCGGGUGCUAGAGCAGAGCUCCUCCUCCCUGUCCCGCCCUGCCCAGUCGGCGCGACGCCGUAACCUGCCUCCACGCACCCUCUUGCCCUUGGUUCCCAGCCUGACGCAGUCCAGUGCCACCAGGACCAUGGAUGAGGUCAUCCGUGGGACACGCCUACCCACAGCCAGUGACCGCCUGGCCUCUCCUCCGAUGCCUCUGAGCAGGAACACACUCCUUCCUCCCAUCGGCACAGGAGAAGCUGAGCCCAUGCACUCUGGACAGCACUUCAGACCUACUCAGCGGCAUAGAGACUCGUCCAGUCGUGCCCACAGUGCUGUUACAGACGAAGCUGGUAGUUUGCUUCCUCGGGAUCGGCUUCAUCAAUUGGACGUAUUCUCCCGUCCCAACACCACCCACACCUACAGGUCGGACACCCCUUACCGCCGCUCCUUCACGGUGCUGGACAACAUUGGACAGGGACGUCCUGGCAGGGCAUCUGUGGGUACAGACUCUCUGGGCAUCGGAGUGACGGGCAUCAGUCUGGGCAUCAGCAGCUCCUCCUUCCUGGACUCCUUCACCCACCACCCCCUGGGCCACUCCCCCAUCGAAGAUGAGGAGGAGCCUGACACACAAGCCCCUCCCCCAGCUCUACUGGUGCCUGUUUCAGUCCCAGCAAGCUCUCACAGCCGGGGUGGCUUCAUGGCCCGCAGUAGCAGACCUGGGUUGUAGCUCCUUCGACCUCGCCCUCCUCCACCUUCUCAAACCACACUCUCCUCAGCACAGCAGGGUGCAAGGCCCUGCUUCCAAUCCCAACGGUGCCCUCAAACGACACUUUAUACAGCAGCAGAUCUUUUGUACAAUGUACUGUUUGGUGAUUUGUUGAUGCUUUUUUUUUUCUAGAACCCUAUUUUUGUAUUUUGGAACUCUCAGCUUACCUGGCUGCCAAAGACAGUAUGCUGUCUCAUUUACCACCUGUAUGUUGGUAUGUAUGUACUGUAUCUAUGGUUUGGAUGUAUCUGUGUGAAUGUAUAUUGUCUGUUAUUUUCUCUGAUCUAUCUCUUAAGUGAUUCUAUGCAGGGAAUGGGAAGUCAAACCAGACAGGGAGAAACAAAAGCAUUUUGCACACUGACAUGCUUCGUCAGGCUGCUUUGUACUUUUCUAAGGACAUUACUUUUUAUUUUCCCAUGUAAAAAAGACAAGCACAAAACCUCUGGGUUUCACAUAGCAUACCUUAACAGGAAGAGACAAGACAAGCCUUAGACGCAAACUAAAUGGGUAGGUAUUUGGUGUUUACCUCACAAGCCUUUUUGUGAUGAGAGCUUAGUGUAAGCCACAGGAGACAUGUGAGGGAAUAGAGGGGCUGUAUUAGUACUGGGACAAUUCACCUCACUGCAGUAGAAGCCAUAUGCUGCUUUCAGCAGAGGGACUAGCUGAGCCUAGAUCAGUCAGGCAAUUUCUAUAUAAAUACGUGAUAGAUGUGUGACUAGAGGGUAUGCAGGUAACAAGUUUUAAUCCAAAUUUGACCUUAACUUCUACCUUGUCUUAACUUCAAGGUUUUGUGCAGGGAAACGUAUACGUUUUCUGCUUAAUGUAAUAGGGUUUUAUAAGCACAUUUAUGUUUCUAGUCCCUUGUGUGCUAAACACAAUAAAUAUUGGCGCUCCCUGUAUAUCCUACAAAACAGAACUGCAGGUCCCCUUCUAUUUCUAUGGCUUCAGCUCUCCUUGUGUACAUUAUAGAACACAGUCAGGAGCACUAACUAACAUGGAGGUAUUUGACUUCUUUAUAGAGUUAGGUUGCACUGGAUGGUCUCCCUGGUAGAUGGCAUUAAUAAAGCUUGAAAUGCAGCAUAGUUCUGUAUGGAUUCCUUUUUAAGUUUAUCCCUGUAUUUUAUAUAAAAUAAUAAAGAUGUGUACAAAUACUA